AUGGCUCCGACAGCCCCGGAUUCCCUCUCAGCCCAGGAGGUUGCCACACUAUCAACCAAAGCCAUUGCCGCCAAAGCCACGGCGUACUGCCCUUACUCUAAAUUCCGUGUCGGGGCAUGCAUCCUCACACAAACGGGGGAGUACAUCUCUGGCGCGAAUGUAGAGAACGCCGCCUACCCCGUAGGCACCUGCGCAGAGAGGGUUGCCUUUGGGACCGCAAUAGUCGCCGGCCACAAAGAAUUCAAGGCCAUCGCUGUCGCAACGGAUAUCAAGCCUGCUGCAUCGCCCUGUGGGAUGUGUAGACAGUUCAUGCGGGAAUUUACCGCCCCCUCUUUCCCAGUCUACAUGUUUGACGCUGACGGCGACUACACCGUCAAAACAAUGGGCGAGGUAGUUAUCUAA